UCGAUCGAAGAAAAUCAACUGAAAAAAAGAUGUCAUCUAAAACCCUAAUUCGCUCCGGAGCUUCGCUGAUGACCCGUUUUAUGAAUCCGGUUCUUUAUCAAAGCCCGACUCAGAAGAUUGUUCCUCAGAUCUUCGAUAUUCAACCGAAGCUUUUCACUCCGCCGCCAUUUUCAUCUGUUUUGAAGGUGCAGAAUCCGGUUAAUUUGAUCCAAAAUGAUGCAGAAACUUUGAAAAAAGUUUGUUCUGAAGGGUUCCUGUAUCCCUGUGGGCUUCCUUCUCUCAGAUUCUUUCUUCCUGAUGGAGAUGAUUCAUCAUCAAGCGAGCCAUUAUUAUGCAUCAAAAGAACUUACCAGCCUAGCAACCUGAGGCGCAAAAGAGUUCAUGGUUACUUGGCUCGUAAAUCAACCAAGGGAGGUAGGCGCGUCAUUGCUAGGAGGAUUGCCAAGGGUCGGUUCAGAAUCACAGCGUAGAAAAACCGUGCUUUAGCUUUAUUAGCAAGUUAAUUGGGAUUUUGAGAUCUAAUGCCACCUUAUUGAUGUUAAAGAAUUUGGGAAGAAUUGCAGAAAUAAUGUUUGAUUUUCUGUAUGAAGCUUUGGAUAUGGGUUCGAGCCUAUUUCCUUGACGGUUGCUCAUGGUUACAUACAUGUGUCUCUAGUUUCCCUUGCUUUUCUGGACUUUUUCAUGACAUUGGACGCUUGAGCUUGUGUAAGUUGACCUUUUUGGUUUGUUGUAUUAUUCUACAGCCGCAACAUAAAUUGAAAAGGUUAAUACUAAAAGUAAUAAUGACA